AUGGCCCGUUCCUACCAAUUCCAGAUACAACUAGAGAAUCCAAACCGACAGUUCCACCCUGGCGACACGGUGCGGGGUAAUGUUGCCCUCGAGGUGCACAAGUCCAUGACCGUUCGUGACAUCACCGUGCUGCUAUCUGGCCAGUGUAAGUCUGCCAACUACAAGUACGUCACCCAGUAUAAUGCUUUCACGAAAAGGUACGAGCAGCGGAAGGUGAGCAAUGCAAUUGGAUUCAGUCUUUUCGGUUUUUCCACAAAAGUGUUUCCUCCGCCUAAUCUCCAGCAGCACGGUCUGGCUGAGGAAUACACCUUGGCUGAAGGCAAGUACAACUAUCCAUUUGAGCUUUCUUUUCCAAACGGCACCAUCGAGGCAAAAGCAAUGUCACACUUUGAUGUCAGUUCUUCGUACUUGGGCAAUUCGUUCUUGUACGGUCCCAAUUUGCCUCGUCGAGGCACUCAGAACAUGGGCCCUGUCACGGUAUCACUUCCACCUUCGUUCAACAUGACCCAGGCCAGUGACGAUUAUGCAAUUGUCGAGUAUCAUGUUGAUGCUAGGGCAGACCGCAAAGGGUGGUUCAAAUCGGACGUUUUCGACAGACAACAGCUCCGUUUUUCACCCCGCCUAGACUCUGUGAUGUUCUCGUUUGGGCCCUUGAUGAGCACACAGGGCGUUUCGACAAACAAUUCUGCAUUCAUCGCCAACAACAGCACCGGAAACGCCAGACUCAAGUUUGACAUUGAAAAAAGCAAAAGAAGCGAGGGCCGCAGCUUCUUGAGAAGAGUGUUCACCUCCAGAAGCGUCAAAAUCCCCUUGGAGCUUAUGGUGGAGUUCAAGCAAAGCAACACCGUUGCGUAUCCACAAGGAACAACCGGGCGGGUUUUGCACCAGGGCGACAACCUCGCAGAUAUAGUCAGCCUCAAGCUCUUCACAGCAUUUUCGGCUGAAUCGCUCCAGCAAAUGUUGAUAGGUGGAGACGGGAAAAAGAACGUUCCGUCAGCGCCGUUGUCGAAUCUCAAAGUCAAGAAAAUCGCCGUGUCUUUGGUCCACAUGGUGUAUUACCAAGGCAUCGAGCCCAAGGUUCAAGCUCGCGAGAACCUCGUCGGUAAGCAGGCAUUCCUGAACGAGUUUGAGAUUUCGGACUUCGAGGAGGUCCAGUAUUGGAGUCAGGAUUUGGUGAGAAAGGUCAAGCAGGACUACUCUCCCUACUUCGAAACGGGCAAGGCUUUUAUGCUUGAGAUACCGCCGGAAAUGAUAUCUUUCAUCCUAUACUCAGACUUCCAGUCGUUUGCAGCACCUAACAUCCUGGUGGACUACCAGCUCAGAAUCAGCAUGUCGGUGUCCACCACGGACGAGAGCCCGAACCUGGCAGAAUUGGUCUGCACUGCUCCAAUUGUGUUUCUUCCGAACCGGGUCGAUGGAGCUUCUUCUAUGGAAUAUCAUCCCCCACCAAACCCGCCAUUGGAUUCUCUGAUUUUGCAACCACCUGGAGCUGCUGGACCAGACCAAGGUGGACAAGAGGAAGAGCUACCUGCUUAUUCUGAGGUCGGCAGAGCAUGA